AUCAGGUUCGCUUCUGUUCCAAAAGCAGAAAUGACCCCCGUCCUCCUGUUCUUUGGAAGUCCGGACUCUCGCGUGGACCUGCCAAGCCAAGUCCUCAAGUCCGCUCUGCUGAACUUGAGUACUGAGAAACGCCUCUCGUUUUGUGUUGUGCUGUGCCUGGGACACGUCGUGUAUUAAUGCUACCCGUUACCUGGAGAGUAUUUUACACCAACGACACCUCAGAGAACUAUAUGGACCAAAACAGCAAGAUGAUGAUAUUCUGCCUGUUUCUGGCAGCUCUCAGCAGCCCUGUGUUCGCUGGAGAAUGGAAGGCGAAUGUUGUAAAAAGUCUCGACACUCUGGUCAGUUCCUGCGUUGUGGUGCCGUGUUCAUUCACCCAUGGCAAAGGAUAUCUGCCCACCUCCAAACUCAGAGGGCUCUGGCAUCGUUCAAAUGAUCGAAAUCAACGCAUCUAUUACGAGGAUCAAACGCAGGUUUUGGAAAACUUCAGGGGCCGCACACGGUUGUUGGGACAUCUGGGUCAGAGCAACUGCACCUUAGAAAUGAUGGACGUUAAAGAUCAUGACAAUGGCCCUUUCUGCUUCCGGAUAGAACUAGCAGAGAAGGAGACUGAUACAAAAACCCCCGACAAGUUCUCCUUUGUGGAGGAUUGUGUCGAGUUCAGAAUGCUCCCUGAUCCUCCAAAGCCUGCCCUGACUCACCCAAAGACAGCCACUGAAGGACAUCCCUACACUGUCACCUGCUCGGUCACCCAUACCUGCCCCUCCCAUGUGCCUAAACUCACAUGGAGUAAGGCCGCUCCAGAUGCGGUGAAUGAGGUCCACAGAGAAAUUCACCUUGGCUACUGGGAGGCACAGUCCAUCCUGACCAUCAUUCCCAAGGAGAAGGACGACCACACUGAGAUCAACUGCACAGCACAAUUUAAUGGAGGGAGGACGUCCUUUACAACACUGACACUCUAUGUAAAACGUACAGAAAACUACAACCACAUCAUCAUUCCCACAGUGGCGGCGAUUGGCACAGCUGUGAUCUUUGCAGUCUUCUGCAUUCUCAUGGCGAAGAGAUACAAGACACGUAUUGCAGAGCUCCAAAAUCAAGAAGGCAGGAGCAGAAUCUCAAGAUAAUCAAAGAAAAGUGACCAGCAGCCUCCAUCAUCAUCACUGUCUGCUCCGGUGUCUUUUUUUUUUUUUAUGUUUUUCUAAGAGUCUUUUUAAAGUUUCAUUAUAAUAAUACAGCAAGUCAAGGGGCAAACAUUUGCUGGUGGGUUUAAUUUCUUAACUUGCGUUCAUGUUAAUCACAUAUCAGCUUCAGAGAAAUGGCGUUACUUUAAUAGUGACUUUUAAAAAAUCAGAAAACACACACACAAAAACAAGAUAUAAAAAUCUGUUGACAAAAAGCUUUACCAGUCUGGUUCCCUGGAAAGCAACGUGCCACUUUUUAUUCAUUAAACUCACACUCUGCAUACUGAAAACUUCCCCACCCACUGGUUUGUGAUAUAGACACUGUGUUUGGGUUUCUCAGUUGAUCAUUAGAGCCAAGAUGACACAGUUUGCUGUCUAGCACCAAAUCUUAAAGCAUGCUACUAACACCCAGCACUUCCUGUUUUCUGAACAGAUUUAUCAGGAAUGUAAACAUUAACUCUUUGUAUAUUAAAUUUAGUUUUGCGCUUAUCUGUUGUGAUUGCCUCAUCAUUGCUUGACUGGUAAUGUGUUUGUCCUCUACAGGGGAACAUAUGUACAAACCUCCAUUCAGUAUACUCUAGUUUCAUAAAUGUUUAACAGUCUAAAAUAUACACUUUCUUUUUUAUUCAGCUGCCGUACCUUGGUUUGUUAAAGAUGUAACUGCCAUAGUUGGUUUCUUUUGUUUCUUUUUUUACAAACUGCCCACUCUCAAUAGUCAUUCAGCCGUAUCAGCCAGAUGGUGGUGCUUUAAGACUGCUUUAGAGCAGCUGAUGUCAUCAAAGAGUGGAAGUGAAACAAGAAUGGGAGACAAACUGAGGAUCAAUUAAGUGUGACGGAAAGUUUACGAAGUUCUGUGGUUCCCCUCGACAACAAGACAGCUCAAGUUUAAGCAUGUACUAGAAAACGAAAAACAUAUUUUUGAGCUACUGUUUGUACACCUUUCAGUGUUUUAAAGGAUAGACAGAUCAGAAACUGAUAACAUACUGAGUAUGGACAGACUCUGUGAUCACAGCCUGGCCAUAGAGACUGGCAGACACAGGCAGACCUGGCUGCCUAGAGAAGGCAGGCUGUGUCAGCUCUGACCCCAGAGACAGGUGGAGACAGAGAAACAUUUCCUGCAGCACAUAUGAAGACAUCAGAACAAAGUUCUUCACAAAAAUUAAAUGUAAACUCCAAGAUUUUGAUUCACACUCUAAACCAGACUAAAAUGUACAUGGAGAAAAUAGUGUCAGCGCCAUAGAUGCAGCAAGUAUGUCAGAGCAUGUCACAACCUCAGACACAACCAACACAACAACAUGAAGUUCAUCUCAUCACAGAUCACACUCUGCCUUUUUAUUUACAACUUCUCUUAUUAGUUUUUUUCCUUUAAAAUUUAUGUCUAAGAUUUUGUAAUAACACAUUGUUGAUAAUUGUUUCAAAUUUUUCACUGUCUUAAAUUGUAAUUGUGCUUCGGCAACACAUAAGAAAUGUCCCGCCAAUAAAGCUUA